AUGUGCAGUCUCAAGCAGCUGUUUCUUUUGAGCUUCAUGCUCUUAGCUGUCUCUGGGAGCAAGGGUGACAACAGAACCAUCGUUGGCAUUGAGACAGAACGACAGAGCCGAGCGCUGAAUGUAGUGAUGGAUGAGUGUUUUGACGUGGAAGAGGACGAGGUCUUCACAGUAUCCGUCCACAAGAAAUGCCGCGUCUUCAGUGGGCCCCUUUGCACCGGCCGAAACACGCUGCUCACCCCGGGAGAUCACACAUCAAAGUAUCCCGUCCCCAUUGAGUCCAUUUACUGCCACUCGUCGUGA